AAACCCCUAUCCAUUCCACUGCUACAGCUAAACCCACUCUCUCUCUCUCUCUCUCUCUCUCUACAGAGGAGCAAACAUGCCCCUCUCUUUCCUCUCUCUCCCACCCUUCCCUCCACCGCCGCUUCUCUCUUACUCCUCAAAGCUCAAACCCACCGCACUCACCCUUCUCCUCAAGCCGCCCCUUCUCUCCGCCUCCACCGCCAUCUUCGCCGUCGGCGCCGACGGCAAAUACUACCCAACUCCGUCGGAUGAGGACCCCCCCGAAGCCCCCGAGGACUCCAUGCACGGCGUCAACAAGUUCCAGCAAAUCCAGCGCCAGGCCUCCCGGGCCCGCAAGCUCCAGGAGGAGCAAUACAAGAAAGACCAGCCCACUUUCCUCAAGGCGCUCGAGGAGACCGACGACAUCCCUGACUCAGUCAUCGAUGCCGACACCGGAGACGAUCCCUUCGGCGAAAUCGACAAGGCGAUUGCCCUGAAACGCCGCGAAUUCAUCAAGCAGGGGCUGAUUAAGCCUGCCCCGAAGAAGAAUGCCGAGCCCGAAAUUGAGGUUGCUGAUGAAUUGGAGCCUGAAGAAGUCGUCGAUUUGGAGGAAAUUGACGAGCUGCACGGGCUCACUGGUGAUGAGAGCGACGAGGGGAGCGCGGACAGGUCUGAAUUUGAGGUGAGUGAUGGUGAUUUUGCGAGCUCGUUUGAUAUUGAUUUUGAUGAAUUUGGGAAAACUAAACCUAGAAUUGUGGAACCUAAGUUUAGAAUGAGCUUAGCUGAGCUGUUAGACGAGAGCAAAGUGGUUCCUGUAUCGGUUUAUGGAGACAUAGAGGUGGAAAUCAGUGGGAUCUCGCAUGAUUCUCGUGUCGUUGAGAGUGGUGAUUUGUUUGUGUGUUGUGUAGGGAGGAAGACUGAUGGGCAUUUGUAUCUAUCGGAGGCGGAUAAGAGAGGCGCUGUGGCGGUUGUGGCGAGUAAGGAGGUAGAUAUACAGAGCACAUUGGGGUGUAAGGCCUUGGUCCUUGUAGAGGACACCAAUGUAGUUCUUGCUGCAUUGGCGGCUUCGUUUUUUAGGCACCCGUCUAGGGGUAUGUCGGUCAUUGGUGUCACGGGGACAAAUGGCAAGACGACAACUUCUCAUUUGAUCAAAUCCAUGUAUGAGGCAAUGGGGUUGAGGACGGGUAUGUUGAGCACGGUGGGGUAUUACAUUCACGGGGAUAACAAGUUGGAGUCGAGUAAUACCACCCCCGAUGCAGUUUUGGUGCAGAAGUUGGUUGCCAAGAUGGUGCAUAACGGUACGGAGGCAUUGGUGAUGGAGGCUUCAUCUCACGGGUUGGCAUUAGGGAGGUGUGACGAGGUUGACUUUGAUAUUGCGGUUUUCACAAAUUUGACUAGGGAUCAUUUGGAUUUUCAUGGGACGGAAGAGGAGUAUAGGGAGGCAAAGGCUAAGCUUUUCCAGAGGAUGGUGGACCCAUCACGCCACCGGAAGAUUGUGAACAUUGAUGACCCAAAUGCAAUGUUCUUUAUUGCGCAGGGGAAUCCCGAUGUACCCGUUGUGACCUAUGCAAUGGAAAAUAAGAAUGCGGAUGUUCAUCCUUUGAAAUUUGAGUUAUCUCUGUUUGAGACUCAGGUUUUGGUGAAUACGCCUCAAGGUAUAUUGGAGAUCUCGUCGGGGCUACUUGGGAGGCAUAAUAUAUACAACAUUCUUGCAGCUGUAGCCGUUGGAAUUGCAGUUGGGGCCCCUUUGGUGGACAUUGUCAGAGGAAUUGAAGAGGUCGAUGCAGUGCCAGGCAGGUGUGAGUUGAUAGACGAGGAGCAGGCUUUUGGCGUUAUUGUGGACUAUGCCCAUACUCCCGAUGCAUUAUCUAAACUUCUUGAUUAUGUGAGAGAGCUUAACCCUAGGAGGAUUAUCACUGUGUGUGGGUGUGCUGGUGAAAGUGACAGAGGGAAGAGGCCAAUGAUGACAAAGAUAGCCACAGAAAAAAGUGAUAUCACUAUCUUGACAUCGGACAAUCCGAAAAAUGAAGAUCCUUUGGACAUCUUGGAUGAUAUGCUGGCUGGAGUGGGUUGGACCAUGCAAGAUUACUUGAAACAUGGAGAGAAUGAUUACUAUCCACCUCUUCCUAAUGGCCACAGACUAUUUUUACAUGAUAUUAGACGGGUAGCUGUACGAUGUGCUGUAGCCAUGGGCGAGGAAGGCGACAUGGUUGUGGUGGCUGGUAAAGGCCAUGAAACAUAUCAAAUAGAAGGUGAAAAGAAGGAGUUCUUUGAUGAUCGGGAGGAAUGCCGAGAAGCAUUACAGUAUGUAGAUGAGCUUCACCAAGCUGGAAUCGAUACGAGUGAAUUUCCAUGGAGGUUGCCAGAGAGCCAUUAGUGUAUACCAACCAUACAGAAAAUGAUCGAGGCUAAUAGCUCAAAGCAAACGGCUGUUUGAUAAGCAUAAGCACAUUAUUGUGGUCUUGUGCUUGGUAAAUCACGUAGUUGAAGAGUCUGCAAAUGCAUUCAAAUACCACGACAGUUUCACCUGAACGUGCAGAUGGUAUGUACGUGAUCCCGUCUCCCUUGAUGUAUUUCCUCGGGCUAUGCUUUGUCUAAGAUGGGAUUUAACACUCAAGUACAAAAAAGUUCAUUGUUUUAUCAUUCACCUAUGCUGUGCCAAUCUAUUUCUAGCUAGACAGGUGGAAUUUAAGUUGAGCUGAAUCUGUCCCUUUUCGCAUUUUGAGUUGUCUGAAAAAUUAUCGUCUCUUUCUGGGCCGAUUUUCAUCUUCUUGCAGAACUAGGUCGCGUGGUUACCUAGACGCCCUCUCGUUGUCUUUGGCAAACUGAGAAGCUCCAAUUUUUGUAAGGAAGUGUAUUAAUGUAAAGUAAUUGUCAUUGAUCAUAUUACUGAUCCCACUUAAAUGUUUGAGGGCUGUAGAUUAUUAGCAUAUGUUGAGACUAAAAUUGAAGAACUCGAAACAAUAGUUGUAGUAACUUUUGUGCCUUCAUAUAUACCGGCUCUUGGUUGCAGUUUUGAAGAUCUGAACAUUUCAUAUGUAGAUAAUCAUUCUUCCAAUUUAUGGUUUUUCUGCUCU